AUGGUUUGCACCACCAAGAAGAUGACCGUCUCCACGACGGGCGAUCUCAACGGCUCUCCCGUCACCGUCGUCGUUUGCUUCGAGCCCCAGGGCACCACCUUCGACUCCACCAUCGCCUGGCAAGUGAAGACGUUCCAGGACGGCGUUUACGACUCCACCAGUCCGUUCACCUGGACUAGCAACUACGCCUUCUCGGCUGUCCAAGACCAGAACGACCCCCAGGCGUAUCAGUACAUGAAUGGAGACACUCAGACUGCCAUGCUCCUGGACACGUCCACGACCCCGCCCACGUACUCCUUCACUAACCCGCAGGCCUCGAAGAAGCCCGCACCCAAGGUCUUCAACAAGACCGGAGCCAACGCCAACAUUGGCUGGGGCUUCAUCACGGCUAUGGGUACGAUGCAGGAGGCGAUGUGCACCGUCAACCAGUGGAACAACGUCAAGUCGGGAGACUCGCGUGUUCCCACUAAAUGGGCCCCAGUCAUGUCGAUUUACGUGAUCCCGAACUUCACGGGAUCGCUCUCGUCCGGGGAUCCGAUCUCUUCGGCCAUCGGCCAGUCUUGCCUCAAAUACCAGCAGGACCUCCGCACUCUCAGCACCGCACCUACGGCCGACUUUGAGCUCAGCUACGACCCGACGCUGAGCGACUACGUCAUCUCGGCACCCCAGGCUAAACUGCAAGCGUCGUUCGCCGCCGCCGCCGGCAGCGGCAUCGGUGCUGACAAGUCCAAGGAGACUCGCUCACGUUCGGUACAGCGCAAGUACAAUGCGACGAUCGACUUUGCUGGCAUCGGCGGCGACUUCCUCCCCGUCGUCAGCCAGAUGCUCACCACCCUCAUCUCGAUCGGCUACGAGGUCGCCGUCUCGCUCUCGGCUACCUUCGCUGAGCCCGUGGCGACCGUCGAUCUCGUUCUGCCGUACACCACGAGCUGCGGUCAGGCCGAGAGAGACGUCCUGAACGCGAUUGGCAUCAAGUACGGCGUCGCGAUCCUCGAGCGCAGCGGCCAGGCGCUGUCGUACGACCUCGGGACGUCCCGCGGCUGGACCCGGAUCAGCCCCGCGUCCGAUGACUGGAACAAGGACCGCGCUGGUAAAUUCGUCGCCAUUCCUGCCGCUGUGGAGGCGGUUGCCCCCACCAAUGGCGCAGCCGCGAAGGACGCCGCUGUGACCAAAGGCGCGGUUGCGGUCGCGGCGGUCACGGCGGAGCCUGAGGCCAUCAAGGCUGGCACUAUUCGCCGCAGGAAGCAAGUCAUCCUCUAG